AUGGGUUUAUGUAGUAGUAAAGUGCGAGCUAAACAUGCAAAGUUGUCUGAAAUUCGAAAAUUUUCCAAAUUAAACAUUCACUAAUUCUAUCGUUUCUCACAAAUACUGGGUAGCGGUAGUUUUGGCACAGUUAAGUUAGCAUUCUGCUUAGAAUAGGAAAUGAACGGUCAAAAAUCAAAAAGCUAUGCUGUGAAAUCCAUAGACAAGCAUCGUAUUGGGAACAGGUUGCAUUUGAUCAACAGAGAACUAGAAAUAUUGGUUUAACUAGAUCAUCCUAACAUAAUUCGAGUGUAUGAGACAUUCGAAGACUUGAGAUAUUAUCAUUUUGUGAUGGAAUAUUGUCGAGGAGGAGAAUUAUUUGAAAGAAUAGUAAAGAAAGGUGUUUUCUCAGAGAGGAGAUGCUGCAUCAUAAUGAAACAACUAUUCUCAGCUGUUCAUUACAUGCACCAAUUGGGAGUUACUCACAGAGAUUUGAAACCUGAAAACCUAAUGUUGGUCUCUCCAGAUGACGACUUCGAUAUCAGAAUCAUUGAUUUCGGAUUAAGUAAGAAAUAUCCCCCUCCUCAAUCAACAAAUUAAGGUAGAUCUCAAGUUCGACAAUAAACUAAAGUAGGAACACCCAUCUACGUGGCUCCCGAAGUCUUAUUAGGUAAUUAUUCUCAGACUUGUGAUGAAUGGUCUUUGGGAUGCAUUAUGUAUGUUUUACUCUGUGGAGAACCUCCCUUUUUUAGUAACAAUAUCAAACUAUUGGAAGACAAGAUCUAGAAUAAGGAAGUCUAGUUUAGUGAAAAAGUGUGGGCUGAAAUAUCAACUGAAGCUAAAUCCCUUUUGGUUAAAUUACUUGAUAAAAAUCCAAAAAAACGUAUCACUUGUGCUUAGGCACUCCAGAGUUAGUGGGUCUUGAAUUUUAAUACGACAGCACCUCUUCGGAUGGAAUCCAUUCCUAAUAAUGAGCAUGAGAAUGAAAAAACCAUUCGUCUUCUUAAGACUUAUGGCAACAUUUCUAAAUUAAAAAAGGGAACCUUAAACAUCCUUUUAAAUCAAUUAAACGAGUUGCAAAUUCAAUCGUUACGAUUCAAAUUUGAAGAAUUCGAUAGAGAUAAUAGUGGUACCAUUUCUGUUAAAGAAAUGACUAAAAUUAUGAAAUAGUUAGGCUUAACUGAUACAGAAAAAGAAAUAUAGGAAUUGAUUAAAAAAUUUCAUAUUUUAAAAAAGUCUGACUCAUCAGUUGAUGAUCUAGCUAUUCAUUACUCUGAGUUCAUGAUGGCCUUGCUUAAUCAAUAAUAAUAUUUGAAUGAAGAAAGAAUAUGGGGAUUAUUCAAACAAUUCGACAUCGAUAAUAAAAAUUAUAUUACUACUAUGGAUGUUCGAAGAGCCUUUGAAAGAAGAGGCAAAUCCUUGUCCACCGUCAAAAUUAAUACCAUGUUUAAAGAAAUAAGUUUAGAUAGUUAAGAUAGAAUCGACUUCCAAAGAUUCCAAGAUAUUAUGCUAGCUGACUCUCUCAAAUCUUAAGAUGUUGAUGUCGACAUGUAUAAUAUUAGUAAAAUGCCAACUAAUAUUCCACAAAACCUCCCAUACCUGAAUUAACCAUUGGGAGACUACAAUAUUGGUUUUUGA